ACGAGUUUGAGUCCUUGAAUUGAACUUCCUAAUUCGGGUUCAAAAUACAAUUAACUACAAAAAUAAAAUGUUGCAGUAAAAGUCAGUGCAACAAUUGGCACAAGUGAUAGCUAACAAAUAAAUAUAAAACAAUAAUCAUACUUAAAACGUGGUAACAUAUUUGUAAAUAAAAUGUUACGAAUACCGGUUAGAACUAACAUUACUCAAAAAACUGCUCAAAUGCGGAUGAAAUCAUCUAGUGGGCUUAUAAGGAAGACAUUUAUUGAUUAUUUCGUCAAAAAUCAUGAUCAUAAGCAUGUAAAGUCGAGUUCAGUUGUGCCUCUGUGUGAUCCAACAGUCCCAUUUGUGAAUGCUGGCAUGAAUCAGUUCAAGGGAAUAUUUCUUGGUAUGGUGGACCCUCCUCACCCUCGUGUGGUGAACUCCCAGAAGUGUGUCAGAGUGGGAGGGAAGCACAAUGAUCUGGAUCUUGUAGGUUUGGAUGGACAUCAUCACACAUUCUUUGAGAUGCUUGGAAACUGGUCGUUCGGUGAUUAUUACAAGAAAGAAGCAUGCAAGAUGGCUUGGGAUUUGCUGCUGGGUCCAUACAGAUUAAAACCUGAAGAGCUUCUUGUAACUUACUUUGGCGGAGACGUGACUAUUGGACUCACUGAAGACAGGGAAUGUCGGGACAUAUGGAAAGAAAUUGGUGUACCAGCCAGCCGAUUAAAAGAUUGCGGGGCGAAGGACAACUUCUGGGAGAUGGGUGCGAGCGGGCCGUGCGGGCCAUGCACCGAGAUACAUUAUAUACACCCAGACGGACGACUCACUGAGAUAUGGAAUAUUGUGUUUAUACAGUGCAACAGGGAUACAGAUGGGUCGGUAAAGGGGCUUCGCCGCCAGCAUGUGGACACGGGCAUGGGGCUGGAGAGGGUGGCCGCGUUGCUGCAGGGCGUGGCUAGUAACUACGAUACCGAUCUGUUCCGACCGCUAAUAGCGGCUAUCGAGAAGAACAGUGCGAAUGUGUCCCCAUACGGUGGCAGUUACGUCAGCGACGCGGCGCUGGACCAGCAGUACCGCCGGCUCGCUGACCACGCGAGGAUGAUCAGCGUCUGCCUGGCCGAUGGAGCAUUUCCAGCCACCAGUUUAAACCUCAAACAAAUAAUGCGCAAAUCCUUCAAGAUGUGCUCAGACGUGUUCCAUAAUCCAAACUUGCUGUCCAUACUCUACAACCACGUAACCGAAAGCCUCGGAGACACAUACCCCGAACUGAUUGUGAAAGAGAAAGACGCUAAACUCAUCCUGGAGUAUGAGAGAGAGGGUUAUGAUAGACUCAGGAGUAAUCUCGCGAAGAAAUGGCAGGAUCUGGUGAAGCGGUACCCGGAAGUGGUGGAGUUUAGUGAUGUGGAAAUGGCGGGAUUUGCGCUGGGUUACAAGGAGCUUAAAGAGACUAUGAAGAAGGUAAAUUCAAACACUAUCCCUGGAGAGCUAGUAUUCAAACUGUACGACACGCAUGGCUUCCAGGAGGACAUCAUUGAACGCAUAGCUACUUUGAACAAUCUAGAAAUAGACAAGAAGGGCUUCUGGAAACUUCUUCAGCAGCACAAAUCAAGGCACAAAAGGGCUUUCAAGGAACAAUCUUCGAAACAAGGAAUCUUAUUCGAUCAAGCUAUCGAGACUAUUCUCAAAGCUGGAGUCAGUCGCUCCAACGAUCAGCCGAAAUACGACUUUAAUGUCGUAGACAAUAGAGUGACUUUUGAACCGUUGAAAACGAACGUCGUAGCCAUCCUCAAUGAGAACAUUGAAUGGGUGGAUUUCCUCGAUCCCUGUGAGAAUAGACCUUAUUACAUCGUAACAGAAAGCACAAAUUUCUAUACAGAAGCCGGCGGACAAGUAUCAGACUUGGGCGUUAUAAAAUUCAACAAAAACAUAAAGUUUAUAGUGGAUAGUGUUUUUAAAAUACGCGAUUUCGUGUUUCACAAAGGACAUUUUAAAUUGCACGACAGUGAAAAUAAAUACGUUAAUAAUACUAGUGAAGUAGUUUUAGAGUUAGAUAGUGAAAGACGUUUAAAUGUGAUGAGAAAUCAUACUGGUGUGCAUUUGUUGAAUGCUGCUAUGAGGCAGGUGCUUCCGAAUAGUGUGAUAGGACAAGUGGGAUCGAGUGUUAGUGAUAUGGGAUUCAGUUUGAGCCUAGUUGUAUAUGGGGAGAAGCUGUCGCAACCUGUGGUGCUGGAAGCGCAGGAUCUAAUCAGGAAGGCGAUAAAAUCAGAAGCAAUAGUAGACACACGAGAAAUAGACAGCACCCAGUUGUCCUCUGAGGACUCUGUAAUAACUGUCCCUGGGGAGACAUACCCCGAGACUGGAUUGAGAUUGGUGACCUGCUCGCUUCCCUUGCUGUCCAAGGAGCUAUGUUGCGGCACACACGUGCGUUCUGUUCGGGAUUUACAAGAGGUGUGCGUGUGCGGUGUGAAGGGCGCGGCCACGCCCACGCCCACACUGUACGCGCUCACCGGCGCACGCGCACUGCAGGCUCGUGAACUAUUCUGCCGCGCCGAAAAGCUGAGCCAAGUAGUGGAACUAGCGGACCCUGAGCAGGUGAAGGAGGAAGUUAGUAGCAUGAAGCUCCAGCUGAAGACACUCUGCGGGGGCGGAGCACCCUGCGGGGAGCAUGCGGAGUGCUUGAAGUUACUGGACUCGCUGGUGAAGAAAGCAGGGAGUCGGAAUGAUGGGGCUAUGCAAGAAAUGGCCGAAGCGGAGAUCGGCGAGGCGUGCCACGAGGCGGGCCGCGAGGGGCGGCGCUUCGUCGUGCACUUCCUGCGCUGCUCCUACCUCAUGCAGCCGCGCGCCGCCGCGCACGCGCUCGCGCACGCGCGCACGCCCCGUGACGUCACCACGCACGCGCACGCACCUGCUGGUGACGUCACCGGGGGGGGUGAGGACGCCGGCGAGUUGCCCGCCGUGCUGCUGGGCUGCGCGGGCGGCGUGAUCGUCGCCGUGGCCAGGGUGCCGCAGGAGCUGGUGAGCAAGACGUUCACAGCACAAAAGUGGCUGAGCUGCAUCCUGCCCAUCUUCCAGGCGGAGAUCUCCCCCCCACGGGAGGGGGAGCGGCUGGACACGAAGGCGCAGAUGAACGCUACCAAGGUGAGCCUCAUCAACUGUGAACAGAUGGUACAGGACGCGAUGCGAGUUGCCAUUAAAUUUGCUCAAUGUCAUCUUAAAGAUGUCGCCAUAGACAAUAGCGUUAGGUCCACUGAGAAUAGACAACAGAACUGAUUAUAUUUUAUAUUGAAUAAUAUUUUGUUGAUUACAUAUUACUUCCAUAUUGUCGUAGUGAGAAUUGAUUUGAGUUUAUGUGCAUUAUGAUUUUUUCGUUUCAUUAACUGGAGACAGCAGAAUAAAAUAUAUGUUACAUAUAUAUAGCGAAAUAUUGAUCCUCUAAUUUUUUAUAUUCAGACAAAUUUGGUGAGAUUUAUAAUUUUUAUUCAAUUCUAAAUUAAUGGUACUAAAAUAAAUAAAUUCAGUUUCACGUACAGAAUUAAAUUCUUAAUGUUCUACGAAUCAUAAUCAAUUAUACUGACAUUUAUAAGUUCUCGAAUCUGCUCAGAUGUCAUAGUUUAUGUAUUUUUUUAUGUACUUUUAAAGUAAAAAUUAUAUUUAGC